GUUUACGCGAGACGGAAGUUAUGCAGCUGUCAAACUUCAGGGAUUUUCGUUCUUUUUCCGGCAACUCUACCAGUGUCGAGCACACAUUCGAUAUUGUAGUGAUCUAAACAAUGUCUAAAAGAGGACGUGGAGGAUCCGCGGGAGGAAAGUUCCGCAUCUCGCUCGGUCUGCCCGUUGGGGCAGUUAUCAACUGCGCUGAUAAUACAGGAGCCAAAAAUCUGUACGUCAUUGCCGUACAUGGAAUUCGUGGUCGUCUGAACCGUCUACCUGCCGCCGGUGUCGGAGAUAUGUUCGUGGCUACCGUCAAAAAAGGUAAGCCAGAACUGAGGAAAAAGGUUAUGCCGGCGGUGGUGAUCAGGCAGCGGAAACCCUUCCGCAGGCGGGACGGUGUGUUCCUUUAUUUUGAGGACAAUGCAGGAGUGAUAGUAAACAAUAAGGGCGAAAUGAAAGGCUCUGCUAUCACCGGCCCCGUGGCGAAAGAAUGUGCCGACCUGUGGCCCCGUAUUGCAUCGAACGCGGGUUCGAUAGCGUAAUUGUUAGUUUAUUUUUCCUGGAUUAACGGAUGUGCUGUCAGAGAAUUGUAAGAUCAAGGGAGAAUCGUACGGAAUAAAACCACGGUGAGAAGAAAAUGUUUAAUCAA